UAGCAGUGGUGUUUAUCUAAAAUCCACAAAGCUGGUGAUGGCUAAAACAGUACCUGGAUUGUAGAUUCUAGGCCGAAAAGAUAUUCUAAACUUGGGAUAUUUUACCCAUAUUUGGUUAGUCCGCCGGAUAAGUGUAACAGUGUAAUCCGAAAACAAGCCAAAAUAAUCGAUUUCACCAGAUAAUAUUUGGCGACUAUAAAUUCUCGUCGGCGAUAAAAUGUAGACUAAAACUGCGCAGGCUCUUGUCCUGCUGGAAACCCACUGUUUCCAACGCGCUUUUACGAAAUUAAUGUGGACCCCUCGCAGAGAAUGUUAAUUCAUAUCAAUCCUAGAGAUCCCUACAAAACUAUAAUCCCUUUUUUUGUCAGUGCCGACGAAAUGAUGAGCUCAAAUCUCAUUCAGUGCUCAAUGCACGCAGUUGGGUAUUCCAAAUGAAGCAUUUAAGCUUGUUUUGACUUCGAUUCUGAUUAGAACUGCAAGUUAGCGAUUGGUAUAGAUGUGGAUUUUGGUGAUAAGGGUUGGAUUGCUGUGAAUUCAGCUUCUGCUAUCGUUAAGUCAAGAGAGGUGGGCGGAGCUGUGAGGUGAAAAUUAUGGCAGCUCAUUGGGUUGCCAGUUGAGAGGAUUUCAUUGCUAAUUUAUACCAUCUCUCGGCCCAAAUUAAGCAUCUUGAAUUCUGAUGCUGUGUUACAUAUUUGAUGGGGACUGUUGGCACUGCUGUUGAACAAAUCCUGUUAGCUGCAAAUAAUGCAAAGCUACAUGGAGGAUUGUGUUUGAAAAUUGGUAGGCUUGUCCAUAAGGUCAUCAAAAUAUUUCCAUCUUUAGAAGCAGUGCAACCAAGAUGCAUGCCAGGCAUACAGUCCUUGUGUGCUUUGAACCUAGCACUUGAUAAGGCAACGUCCCUUAUCCAACACUGUGCUGAUUGUAGCAAACUGUAUCUGGCAGUUACUGGGGAUUCUAUCCUGGUAAAAUUUAUAAAGAUCAAAGAUUCAUUGAAUCGAAGUUUAAGUGAUCUUGAAGAAAUGGUACCACGGGAUUUAUCCAGGCAGAUUGCUGAAAUUGUUAAAGAGAUUGAAGGAACAACAUUUGCAUUGGAACCACCAGAGAAGGAAGUUGGCAAUGCCAUUAUUGCUUUACUGCAACAGAGUUCUGGCAGUUGUAGCAAUUUUUCAGAACUAGAGGUUUUCAAUCAGGCAGCUGAUAGGUUGGAUAUAGGCUCUCCAAGGGCUAUGUUGAAAGAGAGAAGAGCCUUAAAGAAACUUCUUGAUAAAGCUCAGGCUGAGGAAGAUCAGAGAAAGAUAUCUGUUAUCAUUUAUUUCUUACAUCUUCUGAAGAAAUCUACAAAACGUUUUAGCUAUGAUAAUCUGGACUAUGAUUCUGAAAACUCCAAUGCACGGUUGCAAUCAAGUAGAAGAGUUGCAAGUGAAGCAAAUUCUGGAAGAAAAAGUAAUGUAAGCAUAUCUGGACUUCCACUAGUGGGUUGGACCACCAAAGAAAGCAUUAACAAUUCAGACUAUACACCAAUGCCUCCAGAGGAAUUUAGGUGCCCAAUCUCAUUGCAGUUAAUGUUUGAUCCUGUAGUCAUUUCUUCUGGCCAGACAUAUGAACGAAUGUGUAUAGAAAAGUGGUUCAGUGAUGGCCAUGAUACAUGUCCAAAGACACAGCAAAAACUAUCACAUCUUUCAGUCACUCCCAACUACUGUAUCAAAGCUCUGAUUACCAGCUGGUGUGAAAAGUAUGGAAUUAGGGUUCAAGAUCCACUUUCUCAGCCUACCCCUACAGCACCUUGGGCUUCAGACAUGGGUUUUGAGAUCCUUUUGCAUCCAAAUGAUGACUGUAAGAAAGAUGUCAAAAUGAUCCCCUCAGUUGACAACAUUGUUGCCUGCAUUGUUGAGGAAGAGGAUGACAAUAUGCCAGAUAGCAGCAAUUUGAGUGAUAGUUUGCAUUGUGAUUCUCCCCUUUCACAGGAAAAUCAGGAAUCAAAUGAAAAUAAUGAUGCAAAUGCCCCUUCGUCAUAUGAUAUAAUUGACUCUGACAUGAUAGACAGAGAAAAUUUUAUGAAGUAUGAAACAUUGCUUACAAGUCUGAUGACACCACCACUUGAAUCUCAAUGUCAAGCAGCAGAAAAGGUCAAACUUAUCUUGGAUGAUGAUGAUAGAGCUUGCCAUUACAUUGAUGCCAAAGGAAUUAUUCCUGCUCUUGUGUGUUUCUUGCGGUCUGCAAAUGAUGCCUCUGAUAUCAAGGCACAACAGACUGGAGCUUUGGCUCUGUUAAGCAUUGCAAGAACUGAUAGGAACAAGGGAUUGAUCUUAUCUGCAGGGACAUUGCCCCUUCUGUUGGAUCUUAUCCAUUCUGAAGCAAUUGAAGCUGCAUUAGCAGUUAUGCUAGCAUUGUCCAAUUUGGAGGAGAACAAGAGUAGUUUUGUUGCUUCUGGAGCAAUUCCUUGUCUUCUUGAGCUGCUGGAAUCAGAAGAUGGCCAUUCUCAGCACAGCGCUCUAAAUAUUUUAUAUAAUUUGUCAUCAAUAUUAUGGGAGUUGUCGAAUGCCAUUCCUGCAUGGUCUGUUUCCAAGCUGGUUCAACUUCUUGGCAAUAGUGAACAUACAGAUAAAUGCAUCACAAUUUUACAUAACCUUGCUGGUAGUGAAGAGGGAAGAGCAACAAUUGUGAGAACUGAAGGAUGCAUUCUAGCCAUAGCUGAAUUGCUUGAUACAGGCAACCUUGAAGAACAGGAGCAAGCAGUAGACAUUCUCCUCUUGUUAUGCACAAAUAGUUUCGAAUAUAGUCAUUUGGUGUUAAGAGAAGGUGUUAUUCCAUCCUUGGUUACCGUGUCUAUUACAGGAAGUCCAAAUGGAAUGGAGAAGGCACAGAAAUUGCUAGAGUAUUUUAGAGAGCAGAGAUUAAGGAGUUAUUCAUGGAAGCCUUCUCAACCAGUUAUAUCAAUUUCAGAAACAUUUUUUGAUGAAGAUUUGUCAUUGGGAGAAAGAAGUAAAUCAACUAAAAAGGCUUCCAAGAAAACUCACAAAGGAAGAAGUUUCUUCUCAAAACUCAGAUUUUUGCUUCCUACUUGUGGUAGAAAAUGAUGACAAUAUAGGAAUAAUAUUAUCACCUUUCAAAUUCACCUCAAAUUUAUUUCAAGCUGGUUCUUUCCUUGUAGGGUUUCACAUCUCACCCAUUGUCAGUACCAUAAAACUCUCCCUGUUUUCUUUAGCUAAGUAAGCUUUUGAAUCGUGUUGGGGCUUGCUGAUUUAAGGUUGUUGUACACAAGUUUUAAAGGACAUCAUGAAUAAGUUGAUACAAAAGGCUUGCAGUUUCCCUCGAUGAAACAGAGAGAGAGAGAGAGCAUGACAACUUUUCUAUUCGGCUAUUUUUGUUUGUAAAAUACACUGAGGAUCUAGAUGUAGUUUCAAAAUUCUUGUGUUCACAUGCAUUCAUUAUUCUUUAAAUUGUUUUGGGACAAUUGUGCACAUUCACUCCUAGUUUUGUGCUCAAUCCUCUGGUUGUUUUUCAUACAUAGUAUAUAUACGUUGGGUUUUUUAUUGUUUUCUUGAAUACAGCCCAAUUUUCUCUCUUA